AUGAAUAUUGAAGUUUCAAAUAUACCAUCAAAUCAAAGAUCUUCAUACAAUUCUAAAAUUCGUCAAUAUAAAUCACAAUUAGAUGAAUGUCAAAAUACAUAUAAUAAUCUUUUAGAUUCUCAAGAUAAAUAUGAAUUAUUUGGUAAUAAGAAUUAUUCUAAUGGAAUUGAAUCAGAUCAAAGAAAACAAUUAUUAAAUAAUAAUUCAUCAUUAGAAAGAUCAUCACAAAGAUUAUUUGAUAGUCAAAGAAUUGCUCUAGAAACUGAAAAUAUUGGUAGUAAUAUAUUAAAUGAUUUAAGAUCACAACGUGAACAGAUUAGUAAUUCAAGAAAUACUUUAACUCAAGCUGAUAAUUAUAUUGAUAAGUCAAUUCAAACUUUAAAAGUUAUGAGUAGAAGAUUGACUGCUAAUAAAUUUAUAAGUUAUGGUAUUAUUGCGGUUUUGAUUUUAUUAAUAUUUUUAGUUCUCUAUAGUAAAUUUUCAUAG